GCUGACGGGAGCUUCCGAGGAAAGACAUUGAGGAAAAGGAUUUUCAUUCUUCAAACCUAUCUUUUUGAAAGCAUUAGGCACUGUCCAGGUUACUAUGGAUACCAUGGUGAAGAAAACAUGAUCCCUGUCUUGGAGAAACCCACAUUCUUGUAGAGAGAGCAGAGAAGUGAUAAGAAUGCUGUAUGGUGGGUGCAGUAAUUAAGACCUAUCGAGACACAAAAAAAGAGGCGACCCCCGGACCAGCGCGAGGGACCCACCCGCACGAUGACGGAGACCACCAAGACCCACGUAAUCUUGCUUGCCUGCGGCAGCUUCAAUCCCAUCACCAAAGGGCACAUUCAGAUGUUCGAAAGAGCCAGGGAUUAUCUGCACAAAACUGGAAGGUUUAUUGUGAUUGGUGGGAUUGUCUCUCCUGUCCACGACUCCUACGGAAAACAGGGCCUUGUGUCCAGCCGGCACCGCCUCAUCAUGUGUCAGCUGGCGGUGCAGAACUCCGACUGGAUCAGGGUGGACCCCUGGGAGUGCUAUCAGGACACCUGGCAGACCACGUGCAGCGUGCUGGAGCACCAUCGGGACCUCAUGAAGCGGGUGACUGGCUGUAUCCUCUCCAACGUCAACACACCUUCCAUGACGCCAGUGAUCGGACAGCCCCAAAAUGAGACCCCCCAGCCCAUUUACCAGAACAGCAACGUGUCCAGCAAACCCACUGCAGCCAAGAUCUUGGGGAAGGUGGGAGAAAGUCUAAGCCGGAUCUGCUGUGUCCGCCCACCAGUGGAGCGCUUCACCUUUGUGGAUGAGAAUGCCAAUCUGGGCACGGUGAUGCGGUACGAAGAGAUCGAGCUGCGGAUCUUGCUGCUGUGUGGCAGUGACCUGCUGGAAUCCUUCUGCAUCCCCGGGCUCUGGAACGAGGCGGAUAUGGAGGUGAUCGUCGGGGACUUCGGGAUCGUGGUGGUGCCCCGGGACGCAGCGGACACAGACCGAAUCAUGAAUCACUCCUCAAUACUCCGCAAAUACAAAAACAACAUUAUGGUGGUGAAGGAUGACAUCAACCAUCCCAUGUCUGUCGUCAGCUCAACCAAGAGCAGGCUGGCCCUGCAGCACGGGGACGGCCACGUGGUGGACUACCUGUCCCAGCCGGUCAUCGACUACAUUCUCAAGAGCCAGCUGUACAUCAACACCUCGGGCUAGCAGCCCCCCGCGCUCCGCUCCGCUCUCCCCUCGUCCUCCGGCAACACACCGGCCGCUCCAGCCUCUGUCAGUCCCUCCGUUCUCCUGCCUCUCUGUUUCUCCAUCUCCUCCUCUUGACUGUUCCCCCCACUUGCUGGCUCAACCGUCCAGAGUGUGGGGGACCUGCAGAGAACCACCGCACACCCUACUCAGCAGUCAUCUUUGGACAGACUCUCCUCUCGUCUCCGGGUUGGGGGUGGGUGAGGGAAUGGGGUGGGAGCGGGGGGAAGGGCAGUCCCCGGAGACGUGCUGGCGUCCGUCUCCCAGCAUGCUCUAGAGCGCGGCUCCGGGGCCGUCCUCCCAGCAUGCUCUAGAGCGCGGCUCCGGGGCCGUCCUCCCAGCAUGCUCUAGAGCGCGGCUCCGGGGCCGUCCUCCCAGCAUGCUCUGGGGAGGCGGCUCUGGGGCCCGUCCUCCCAGCAUGCUCUAGAGCGCGGCUCCGGGGCCGUCCUCCCAGCAUGCUCUGGGGAGGCGGCUCUGGGGCCCGUCCUCCCAGCAUGCUCUAGAGCGCGGCUCCGGGGCCGUCCUCCCAGCAUGCUCUGGGGAGGCGGCUCUGGCUCUCGCCUUCCCAGCAUGCCCUUUACCACGAAGGGCUAUUUUGUUUUUUCUUUUCUUUCUUUUCCUUUCUUCUCUUGUUUUUUGUUUUGUUUUGUUUUGUUGUUCUUGUUGUUGUUCACUCCUCAUAGAAUUUGGAUGAAAUCCGUGUCCGUGGUUCUUUAUGUUUGUAGUCUUGAUGCCUUCCUGUGGUGGUAACUUCCCUUUGGGUGGGACACCGUAGCCAGCCUCCGCGUGGGAGCCGCACCCGGUAAAGAAGGCCAGCCACCUCCACCUUCCCGGCACCCCCACUUGCCCACUCACGCCCCACACACCCCCACACACAGCAGCUGCCCACUAGGCUCAGGACCGAGGCUUUCAGUUUCCAAAACCUGGAAGGCAGGUCUGGGAAUAGCAGGGUUUCUCAGAAGAAUUUGUGUCCAUUUCCUUAGUUUCAGAAGACCAUUGUCCGAUGCUCUGUGCCUGUGAUCACACAGAGCCAGUCCAUCCCUAUAUCCAGGUGGCAUCUGUACGCUUCUUCCUUCGGGCUGUGACUGAUGGCAGAGUGGGUUCCCUGCCAGCCCAGCGUUCCCAAGAAUCCUUCAGGUCACCACUAAGCCCUUGGAGGUCCUACCUGGCCACGUUCCUGCCUCUGAGAAGAAUCACCUAUUCAAGGCCAAAUCCUACCAAUGCAGGCAUUUCAGAAAUAAAAUAUGCUAGGAAAUCACUCAACCCUAGAGAUCUUUGCUAAUUGGAAUUAUUUUUUGCCUGUCUGGCUGGGAACAUUUUCUGUCAUGAUGCAAGUCCAGGAUGACCAAGGAGAGAGAGGCCUGUUGCCCUGAAGGGAAUUGAUGGUUCUCACCUUCUCUUCCUGCAGUGACCCAGGUGGUGCCCAAGGUCAGUUUCUUCUUGAGACGCAGUACCUCGGCCUUGUUUCUGGAGCUGGUCAUAUCUCCUGCAGAGCCCAGAACCACAGUCACUGCCUGAGGAAAUCUGUCUGACAGGGGAGUGGGUUCACAGAGCAGAGAUCAUGGGGGAGAGGGCAUUAAGAGCCACUAGAUGGUUUCAUCCUUUUUCUAAUUUCUUACCUUCCUCUGCUGCUCCUGCAAAACGUUCUGACAGACUGUUCUAGUUGUUCAGGUCUCGCUCAUGCCCUGUUUUGAGAGCCAAAAGGAAAUUAUCCUCUUGUGCUCUCUCUCAUCUAGUCCCUGGCUCUUGGGCUUUUGGUUGUCUUCAUGGAAUGAAGCAACAGGAUGCUUUAAUCAAAAUCUAGUAUCAGUUAUGGCCCCGGAGGGGUGAGCUGAGACCUGACAUCAGGGGCACCAUUCUUCAGUACCCAUUUCACGUCUGUGACAGUCUUCAUAGCCUCCAGGGAAAGGAACUGGAUGCAACAGAACAACAUGUUCAGGUAGCAUCCAGGAAGGUAUUAUUCCUUUUGGAUUUUGGAAAUAAUCUCCAGGGGAGGAAAUGAAGAACCUAUUCUUGGGUCUCAGUGUUUGGUUAAGGACCAUGGAAGCUAAAUGAAAAAAAAAUAAAACUUUCAGAGAUUAGUUGAUUCAACAUUCUCCUUUAAAAGAUGAGGGAGCAGAGAUCUGCUGGAUUAAAUGGCUGGUCCAAGUUUAUACAGCAAGUGUAGAGCCUGGCAAAAGAGUAUUGUUUCCCUGACCCUUAGGACUUUGUACCACAUGAUCUCUGUCCCCCCAAUUCCCCAUGAUACUGACCAGGUAAUGAGUGGUUUCUAUUCUUUUCAGCCUUUACUAGGCAUCUUUCUCUUAAAUCGUGUCUCACCCAGGUGCUCCUCUAUAUCGCAUAGCGUAUGCCAGUCUUGAGGGACGAGGGACGAGGGACGAGGGGUGUGAUGGGGAGGAAGGUUAUAGCUCAGAAAUCAAGAGAUCUCAGCAGUUUAGAGGAAAUCCCAAAAUAGUGACCCUCGGAAUCCAAGAAAGGAUGCUCUAUGGAAGCUAGGAAAGACCUCAAAUGCUCAAGAUGACACUGAAGAGAGAGAGAAAGAGACAGAAGAGCCUUUGGGCAAAACAGCCCUAAGCCAAGAAAAGGAAACAUUUUCAAGGAUGUGAAGUUUAUCUAUGGUUUAAUUUGUUAUGAGGAUCUACAUGAGCAGAACAGAGAAAACAAACAUCUUUUGUCUGUUUGAUGCACCCCAUUAUUCUUAUGGGCUCUGUGGUCAGGCCCCCUGUAGUCCACAGCCCAUGAGAGGGAACCUGUGGGACUGGCUGUGCGUGGCUGGUGUGGGGUAGGAUGGUGCACAGGAAGGAAAAGAACAGGGGCAGUAGAAGAUGUCUGGGAUGAAAGGGGGCAGAUCUGAUCUUGGUGGAUCACAGGGAUUGUAUUAAAAUAGCUUUCCUUAAAUCCAAGAAAAAGUGAAUUUUCUUUCGGGUAGAAUUAUCCAUUCCCCAAACUGUGCCAUUCGUCAUUUGCUAGGGGGAGGUCAGAGGCCCCCUCAGUCCAGGGCAGGACACUGUGCCUGUGAUCUUGCAAAGGCUAGCACCAGAAAGAUUCAGAGUCUGAAGUAGGGCCCCAGGUGACAUGAGGAUGCCCUCUAGCCCUGAUUUCCCCUUUGGGGUCCCCCUUCUUCCUCCAAAGGCCAACUCAAGGCUGGAAUGGCUCUGAGAAAGGCAUGGGCUGCAAUGAUCUUGUUAAGAGGGGUCAGGAGCCUCAUUUCCUGCCUACCAGUGAAAAACAUCUCUCCUGUUCUGCAGAAAGUGUCUGAUGGGUAAAAACAGGCAGGAGGGAAACCCUUUGUGCCAGUGACUCUCCUCAAGGAGUGGCCCUCUGGGGAGCUCUGUGCUGCUACCUGGUACCUCAUUCGCCACCCCUUCCCCCAGGCAGUCUCUGGGUCCUUCUUGCUUUCAUUUUCCUUGAAUGUACAUAGGAACAGGGGAGGAAAGUCUCUUAUUGAAGUGCCUGAAACCCAGAGCUAGAGCUUCUAGAGUCGCUCUUCUUCCCACCUCCGCGUGGAGAACCCUCCCCAGCAUUCUCUGGUCUCGUGCUUCAGCUUCUCAGAAAGAAUAGAAGAACUCGCUGUUCUAAUUAAGUAGAAAGUGAGACUCAGUCAUCAAACUGCAGCAAAAGGCAGAGAAUUUUAGGAAGACAUGACUGUAUUUUAACAACCCAAUCUCCUCUCCCAAACUGACAUAAACACACUUUGGGAGACUAAGAGAGAGAAGCAUGUCAUUUUAUUCCAUUCAUCAAAAGAGUGACGCAAAACUAAAUCCAUAGACUACGAAAAGCUCAGGAUCUCUCCCAAGGCUACCACAGGAAGGCCGACAGGUGAGAUGGGGGAGGAUAGAACAGGGACUGAUUUUGUAGCUCCUGCAAUUAGGACACCCGAGCAAUAGCACUGUGGUAAAGGAGCACACGCUUUCGGUCAGAUUCAUCCAGUCUACACCUUCCUAGAGCUGCUGGGUGAAUGCAAUUCUUCAUGGCCUUUCUUGGUUGUGUCAGUUUGGGGUGUCCUAUUCGCCUGUUCCAGGUACUUAGGAAUGAGCUACUCUCUUUUUCUUCAGUCUUGCCCAGGUCCAAAACUCAGUUUGAUCCAAACGGUCUCAUGGAUUAGCAUGGGGAGGGGGAAGCUUUUUUUUUUUUUUUUUAAAUCACUUUUGGUCACUGAAUCUGCCAUUUUAAGAGUAAGAUUUGCUUUAUGAAAAUCACUCCAUUCAUAAAAACUACACUGAAGUUGCAACACCAUUUCAUAGUGAAAUAUUAUGAGUAAAAUUUUGUUGCUAGGAUAGUCAUGGACAAAAGUUUUAUCAGCAAAAUGUUUGAAUUACAUUAAUAAAUAAGACAAUGCUACUAGUCUUGUGUCUUUGUCCAGAAUCUUCUCUGCGAGUUGCAGAAUUAGUCACCUUUUUUUGUCAUAGUCUUACUUGACGGGAGCCAACAGUUGCAAAAAUGUUCUUAGAGCAGAUUUUUCUGCCUGGCUUAUCUGAUGCCACAUGUGUGAUAUAAAAGCAUAUACAAGCCACGCCCAAGGGUUGUAGGCAGGGAAGAAUAAUUAGCAAACUUGUGAACCGCACCUGAGUUUUCAAAUGAAAAAAAGAAAAAAUGAGUCUUAGAACCUACCUAAUCUUCGGUUUCUUACUGAUUCGCUUUGGCUCCCUAAUGAAAUUAGUUCUUUAUGAAACAAAAAUGUACUUGCAAAAACUAAACUUGUAUAACUCACUUUUGGUAUAAAAAAGCCUAAAUAAGAAAAAUCAUUAAACUCACCGUUUUGACAGUGUAAACAAGCAAAAAAAAAAAAAAAGAAUAAUUGUUAAUUUCUCAGUUCUGCUCUAUUAGUUCUUAUCUCGUUUGUAGUUGUGACAUGCAUUGUGUGCUGGUAUAGAUCCAAAUGGUGAUUGUGGUAAGCUACUAUCAGUUACGAUUCAGAAGGUAAAAUAGCAAUUCCCCUGUAGACCCCUCAUUUAGGGCUUAGUCACUUGAUUGUCAGAUUAGUUGUGCUUUAAAAAAAAAUCAUUUUGGUUCUUACUAUGUAUUUUGUUGUUAUUGUUUAAGAUUGGAAUUAGUUAGCUUCGUCUGUGUCCAUCUGGGUUUGGUGGCCCACCGUAGUGAUGCUUGAUAUGCCUUGUAAAUUGAUUACUUGUGUUUAUGUUUGCUAUACUGGCCACAAACCUAAACACUUUUUUCCUCUGUCCUGAGAGUAUGUAAUGUUGAAAAUUUGUUUAAAAUUGGGCAUAAACACUGGUUUAGUGCUAACUUACAUUAACUUAUAAAAUAUAUGUACUAACUAUGAAUUAAUAUUCAUGUACAUACACAUUUCUUCUCUUAUGACCCAUAAAAGUAAGCUUCAGAUCUUGGAGUUUCUUAGGAAGCUCCAUGUAGCCCAUAAAGGAAGCAGAAAAAAAAAAAAUCUAACCUCUACU